AUGAACAUGUCUAUUCCAGCCAAGGAGCCUCCUCCGAUGACUAUGGGCUCGACAUGCAUCACAGAACUAGAGACCAGACUUCGCCAGUCACUAGCAAUGAGAAUCCAAAAUGUGCCCGAACCUCCGGGUCAUGCUCAAGGCCACAGCGCCAAGAUCGCCGUGCUUUUCUCCGGCGGUCUUGACUGCACGCUUCUCGCGCGGCUCUCACACGAUAUUCUUCCAGUCGACGAGCCCAUCGACCUGCUGAAUAUCGCUUUUGAAAACCCACGGGUCGCGGCAACUGCACAAUCCAAUCGGUCCAAGACCAUAUCGCCAUUGCCCCCCGUCUCAAUCUAUGAAAAUUGCCCCGACCGAAUCACCGGCCGCUCGGCACACACCGAACUUCAGCGAACCUGCCCUGGCCGCACCUGGCGGUUCAUUGCCAUUGACGUCCCCUACGCCGAAACCCUCGCGCACCGGGACACCGUCAAGCGUCUCAUGAGGCCUCACAACACGGAGAUGGACAUGUCCAUCGCAUGCGCCCUGUACUUUGCAUCCCGGGGCCAGGGCAGCACCCUGACCAGCUCAUCCGGUAUAGAUACACAUGAACAAUCAGACAACUACACCACUUCAGCCCGCGUUCUCCUCUCUGGCCUGGGUGCCGACGAGCUUUUCGCCGGUUACGGCCGCCAUGGGGUCGCAUUCACGCGCAGCGGGUUCCAGGGCCUUCUCUCUGAGAUCCACCUGGACGUCAGCCGGCUCGGCCAGCGCAAUCUCGGUCGCGACGACCGAGUCCUCUCGCACUGGGGCCGCGAGACCCGGUUUCCCUACCUAGACGAAGACUUUGUGGCAUGGGUUCUCCAGGCCUCGGUCUGGGAGAAAUGCGGGUUCGGACUGCCUGACCCACUGCCUCUUGACGUCUCAGCGGAUGAAUCCCAUCAAAGGUCGGGCAUCAACCCGGAGAAAAUGGCACUUCGCCUCGUCGCGCUCCGGCUAAGCUUGGAUCACGUUGCUCGCGAGAAGAAACGCGCAAUCCAGUUCGGCGCGCGCACAGCGAAGAUGGAGACGGGCAAAUCCAAGGGGACUGACAUACUAACCUAG